CAGAGAGAGACAGAGAGAGAGAGACAGAGAGAAAUCACAGCAUCAGAUAGUGUAACCUGCUGCUCACUGACAGACUUCCGGGACCGGAGCACUCACCGGGCCAAACCUGUACGAGUCCAAAAGCAGGAAGGAAGAAGAUUGGGACUGACUACAAGAGCAGAAGGAGAUGAAGCUGAAGGAGGACCUGAACCCCCUGCUGCUGCUGCUCUUCCACCUCAUGGUGUGGAUCUACACCUUCAUCACCUUUCUGCCCGACUGUCUCGUCAGCUGGCUGUCGGUGCCUACCGGAGAGAUCUACGGGUCAGAGGAGGAACGAGCCAGAAGAGUGAAGGCCCGAUCUGUGCUGGGACGUCCAGAGGGUCCUUACAGAGCCGUGAGCGCCGCCAAGGUGCUGGUGGCGUCUCUGUACCCGGGAGUGGACACCCUGGACAAGAUGUUUGAACACGCUGCCACGAGAUUCUCACACAGAGACUGUCUCGGGACAAGGGAGGUGAUCAGUGAGGAGGACGAGUGUCAGGACAACGGGAAGAUGUUUAAGAAGGUGAUUCUCGGUGAGUACACCUGGUGCUCUUACAAGGAGGUCCACACAGCGGCGUCCAGGCUGGGCAGUGGCUUGGCAUCGCUGGGCCUGCGACCCAAAAGCAAAGUUGCUGUUUUCUGUGAGACUCGAGCUGAGUGGCUGAUAGCUGCCCAGGCCUGCUUCAUGUACAACUUCCCAUUGGUGACUCUAUACUCCACACUGGGAGGUCCAGCCAUCACUCUUGGGUUGAAUGAGACUCAGGUCACCCACAUCAUCACCAGCAGAGAGCUCCUGGAAACCAGACUCAAGGACAUCCUAAUGGAAGUUCCAAGUCUGCAGCAUAUCAUUGUAGUGGAUAACGCACCGACCACUGCGGGUGGCUAUCCACGUGGCAUCAUCAUCCAUAACAUGGCUGCAGUUCAGGAGCUGGGGGCCAGGCCUGACAAUGCAGCAUGUGAGCGUGUGCAGCCGCUGCCGUCAGACAUCGCAGUUAUCAUGUACACCAGCGGAUCUAUGGGAGCACCCAAGGGCGUCAUGAUCUCCCACAGCAACCUGAUCGCUGGCAUCACAGGGAUGGCUGAGCGGGUGCCUAAUCUGGGUGUGGAGGACACCUACAUUGCCUACCUGCCUCUUGCUCAUGUGCUGGAGCUCAGUGCAGAGCUGGUAUCUGUUGCUCAUGGCUGUAGGAUCGGUUAUUCCUCACCUCAGACUCUCUCUGACCAGUCAUCAAAGAUCAAGAAAGGAAGCAAAGGAGACACCAGCGUCCUGCAACCCACUCUGAUGGCAGCGGUCCCGGAGAUCAUGGAUCGCAUCUACAAGACUGUGAUGACCAAAGUGGAGGAGAUGAAUUAUGUCCAGCGAACACUCUUCAUUCUGGCGUACAACUACAAGCUGGAGCAGCUCGCCAAAGGCAACAACACACCUCUAUGUGACAAGUUGGUGUUCAGGAAGGUUCGCUCUCUGCUGGGGGGCCGGACGCGGGUCUUGCUGUCAGGAGGAGCGCCGCUGUCUGCAGCCACACAGCGCUUCAUGAACGUGUGUUUGUGCUGCCCGGUGGGUCAGGGAUACGGACUGACGGAGACGUGUGGAGCAGGAACCGUUAGUGAACUGUGGGAUUACAGCACUGGGAGAGUGGGAGGACCUCUAGUUUGCUGUGAGAUUAAACUCAAAGACUGGGUGGAGGGUGACUACCGUAGCACAGACGAGCCACACCCUCGAGGCGAGGUUCUGAUCGGAGGACCAAGUGUAACGAUGGGAUACUACAAGAGUGAGGGUAAAAACCAAGAAGACUUCUUUGUGGAUGAGAACGGGCAGCGGUGGUUCUGCACCGGAGACAUCGGAGAGUUUCACAAAGACGGCUGCCUCAAAAUAAUUGAUCGUAAAAAAGACUUGGUGAAGCUUCAGGCGGGAGAGUACGUCGCCCUGGGAAAGGUGGAGGCCAUGUUGAAGAACUGCCCCCUGGUGGACAACAUCUGUGCUUAUGCCAACAGCGAUGAGACGUACGUGAUUGGCUUCGUGGUGCCCAAUCAGAAGCAGCUGAUGUCUCUGGCCGACCAGUACGGCAUCAGAGGGUCACUGGAGGAGCUGUGCGUCAGCAAAGCCAUGGAGGAGCUGGUCCUCAAGGUCAUCACUGAGGCUGCCCUCGUAGCGCGGAUGGAGCGCUUUGAGAUUCCACGCAAGAUCCAUCUGAGUCCAGAACCUUGGACUGCUGAGUCUGGAUUAGUGACCGAUGCAUUCAAGCUCAAACGCAAGGAGCUGAAAACACACUACCAGGACGACAUUGAUAGGAUGUACGGUGGGAAGUGACGUCAGGGCCGCGUCGCAAAGCACAGACCGACUCCUGAAUCCGAGGCUUGGUCCACAACACGAGGUUUUCAUUUGAAAAUAGCAUUUUCAGAUCAUCUUCUUUACAUCGGUAUAAUAAGUAAUGCAUAUUAAAAACACUUCACGUGAA